CACCAAUCACACUGACACGAUUCAUUCCUUUGACCCUCGUUCCUUUCGGGGGAGACAAAGAUUUGAAGCCGGUGGAGCGACGCACGUGAGACGGCAAGUGACACAGGACCAGAGAAGUUACAUGAUGCGCCUGAACUUAAGCACACGUUUGGCCCUUGAGCUUGAUGGACGUUAUUCGGGUCGCAAGGGAAGCCGGAUGCUAUUCAUAUCUCAUAUCAUCCGGUCCUUAUAUAAGUAAGAUGAGUUCACAGGGGUUCUGCUCUGCCAACGUGCAACUGCCAGCUAGGUAGCCGUCAGGCAUGUCGGACAACUCUUCCCCACUCUCUCAGUUUCUCAAUGCAUCUCAUUUCGCUGACGCCUAUCCCGACUUCCCAAACGUAGCCCAUUCUCCCACUGCUGGUGGUUCGACCAUCAAGAUGUCAGAAUGUUCGGACGACGUGAUUCCUCCCGCACAUGCCUGUCGCACUCUCGUGCUCUGCUUUGAUGGUACAGGCGACCAGUUCGAUGCUGAUAACUCGAACAUCGUUCAGUUUUUCUCGAUGCUGAAAAAGGAUGAUCCCUCCCAACAAAUGGUGUACUAUCAGGCGGGGAUAGGUACAUACACUAUCCCUCAAAUCGCCACGCCCUUUUACGCCAAGCUUUCCAAGACCAUCGAUGCGAUGGUGGGGAACAACCUGGAUGCUCACGUCAUGGGUGGCUACGAGUUCUUGAUGCAAAACUAUGACGCAGGAGAUAGGAUAUGUCUGUUUGGGUUUUCGCGAGGCGCCUACACUGCCCGUGCGCUGGCUGGCAUGCUUCACAAAGUGGGUCUCUUACCACGCUGCAACCACCAGCAGGUUCCGUUCGCGUACAAAAUGUAUAGCAAGGAUGACGAUGAAGGCUGGGAACAGAGUAAGGCAUUUAAGAAGGCGUUUUCUAUCGACGUUGAUGUCGAAUUCGUCGGGGUUUGGGAUACUGUUAACUCUGUGGGCGUCAUCCCUCGCAGGCUGCCUUUCACAAGAGCAAACAACAAGAUUCGCUACUUCAGACAUGCUCUUGCACUUGAUGAACACCGAGUGCGCUUUAUGCCGAACUUCUACAACCGGUCCACAGACGCCGACAAUAAACUUGGCGUCCAGAAAGGAGAAAUGCCUCGAAGCACCAAGAAGUUCUCCUCCAUUCAUAUUCCCUACGACAAGCUUCUGCAUGAGAAAAGCAGCUCGAAUGGACACCAUCAGGAAUCAAGUCUUCAGGAUCUGGAGCGUCGCUACACCGAAUCAAUCCUGCAGACCGAUUUCGACGAAGUAUGGUUCGCAGGAUGUCACUGCGACGUCGGUGGCGGUUCCGUCAAGAAUGGUACUCGAAACAGUUUAGCACGUAUCCCUCUCCGGUGGAUGAUUCGGGAGAUUUUCAAAACCGAAGUAGGCAUUCUCUUCCACCGCUCAAUGUUCAAGCAGAUUGGCAUGGACCCCUCAACAUUGUACCCCCACGUGACCCCCCGCCCACCAGCCAUCUUUAACAGCCCUGCAAACGCCGACCCUGGCGUACCGUGCGAUGAUGACGAUGCAGCAAUCCAGUGUGACCCCGAUGGCAAAUUUGUGAGCGAGGAAAUGGAGGACCUCGACGAUGCGCUCAGCCCCAUCUACGAUCAACUCAAGAUUGCGCGAUAUUGGUGGAUACUCGAAAUGCUGCCGCAAAAGCAGCACUACCAGAGAGAUGAGGAUGACAUUUGGGUCAAGGAUAUCAAGAUAAACAUGGGUAAGGGACGCCAUGUCCCCAACCGAGAGACCCUGAGGAUACAUCGAUCGGUCAAGAUCCGGAUGGAAGCAGACAAACUUGCGGAAGGGAAAUACUGGCCGAACGCGAAGAUCAAGGUUGCGCCCACAUGGGUGGAUUAAAGGUUACGCCAAGUACGGAGGCAAGACGAGCCUCAUUUCUAUCACUUCGUGCCUCCGGAGACAUGCUAGCGUUACCUUGAUUUUUUUUUUUUUGGUUACUCCUCCCGCGCCUUCUCACUCUGUACCAUGCAACGUCAUAUCAAACGUAUAGUGCAACACUACACACUGCCCUCUACGCUGAAGCAUCAUUUACUGAAUACAUUUAGUAUUGGUAAUUCUUCGUCCACCUUUUUUUGCCGGAAUGUACCAUAGUACGUACCGCGCCGCGAGCGCAAUUAUGCCCGCCUCCCUUGCCAGUCAUUUGCGUGUUCUAUGAAUCUUACAUGCUUUGGCACGUGUUCCUGUCUCCUUAUCUUUAAGGUUUUCAAGACCGAGAUCAAAGAAGUUGCGGAGUUACCGUACGAUUUCAGGUUAGGAGCUCCACCAUUUCAAUUAGUUGCACCAGGUGACCCGCGGGAGUAUUACAUACUCUUAUAGAUAGCUUUAGCCAGCCGACCCG